GUUUUUGAGUUUGACAUCCGCGGAACGUGGACUACUAGACGGUUGAGCUCAAGGUCAGAAUGUGUUGCACCGGUUGCGUCAAGAUCGUUAGGAACGCAAUCUCCAAACUCCGAGGAGUUGAUUCAGUGGAGGUGGAUAGAGAGUUGGGAAGAGUGAGAGUGGUGGGUUACGUUGACAGAAACAAAGUGCUCAAAACCGUGAGACGAGCCGGGAAGAGAGCUGAGUUUUGGCCAUACCCUGAGCCUCCACUUUACUUCACAUCUACUCAAAACUAUUUCGUAGAUCCUUCUAAAGAGUUUAAAGAGAGCUAUAACUAUUAUAGGCAUGGCUACAAUGGUACGGAACAACAUGGUAAUAUCCCCAUAGGUUCUCGUGGAGACGAUAGGGUUAGUAAUAUGUUCAAUGACGAUAACGUUAAUGCAUGCCGUCUCAUGUAAAAUACAUGCAUAACGACUUG